GUGCUGAAGAGAGAAAAUACAUGUUCGCUCUGUGAGUAUAAGGGAGAUGCUGUAGACACUCGCGAUUCUCGACUGAACUAGUUGCAAAGGCUGCUACAAGAUGCUGUCACUUCUCAAGCUCUCUGUGGCUGGAGCGCUGUUCCUGCUCACCACCCUCCUUCACACCUGCGGGGUGCAGAGUGCUUCCCUGAGACCGCACAAGCUGCGGGGAGGCGAGACGGAGGCCAGGCAGCCGGGUCCCUAUUUCGUGCCCAGCACAGACAUGGUCAAGGCUCUCGAGUACAUCGAGAGCCUCCAGCAGCAAGCGGACGGGGCCGAUGAGGACGCCGUCCCAGACUACGACGACGACAUCGACAGGUUCCGUUCCCUGCUGCGCCUUGCCCCGGUCCAGAACCAGGAGGAGGCGACGGACCGCAAGAAGGCAGCUGGGAGAAAGGACGACAAGUCCCAGCAGUGGCUGAAAGCGGUGCUGAGGACACUGCAGCAGGCAGGCAAGGAGCCCAAAACUGCAGGGACGCAGACAAACGCACGCCACAGUCAUGGCAACAGGAAGGAGCCAGAUGAUGGAGCUGAUGACAGCCAGACAGGAGAAGCUGGGGACUAUGAGGGCUAUCCUUUUCCUGAGCACAGCAAGCCGCGUAAGAAGUACCCGCUGAUGUUUGAGGACGAAGACUCCAGGGAGAGCCCCUACAAGCGCACCAACGAGAACGUGGAGGAGCAGUACACACCCCAGAGCCUCGCCACCCUGCAGUCUGUCUUUGAGGAGCUGGGGAAACUGUCUGCCGCCAAGGGCCACAAGAGGCAGAGCCUGGACGAGGACGAGAAGUUCUACAGGGACGACGAUGAUGACAUCUACAGGCUUAACAACCUGGCAUAUGAGGAUGUGACCGGGGGCGAGGAGUGGACCCCUGUGGAGGAGAAGGUCGAAACGGAGGAGGAGGUUAAAGACAGCCGAGAGGAGUUUGACAGGGGCUCCGAUGAAAAUGAGGAAGAAGAUGACAUGAAGAGAUCCAGCCAGCCUGCCAAAUACAGAGAAAAAGAAGACCCAGACGAUGUCACCAAACUGGUAGAUUAUUACCUCCUGAAAAUCCUGGAGAAAUCAGAGCAGACAGAGCAGAAGAGAGACAGAGCAGAGGAAGAGAAGAGAUCAGCCCGGACAUCAUUUGAGGUGGACCCCCAGGCGAUUUAUCAAUUGAUUGACAUCUCACAAAAAUUACAAAUCCCACCCGAGGACUUAAUAGAGAUGCUUAAAAGUGGAGAGAUUAAAAAACAAGACAAAAUGUUACAGCCAGACGAAGAAACCGAUGAUCUGGACAGAGUUGAGGAAAAGCUGACUCAGAUCUCAUCUUACAAUAAAAAUAAAAGCCCGGCAGCUAAAUUCUACAACAGACGGCUACCUGAGAUGCUUGCAAAUGAUAUUCCAGAUGACUUAAAUACAGAGGAUAUUCUGAAUAUUCUUGGGCUGGAAAGCCUUGGGAACCAGAAACCAAAAUACCUUCAGAAGCAAAGGCAAAUCAAGACCACACCAGCAAGGUAUUAUGUCCCUAGUGGCAGACGAGGAAAUUACAUCUUAUCUGAGCCUGGCGUUUCUAAUAAGAGAGAGGCCGACUAUGAUGAUACAGUUGACGAGGAUGAGCUGGCAGCCUACCUUGCAGCCAAGAUGUUGGCCCAGUAUCCCAAAGUAAUUAAUAAAGUGGACAACAAACGCACCUCUCAACCGUCUCCCAAAGAAGAGCAGCUUGCGCUUGGAACAUUUGAGCAGGCAAUGCAGGAUUAUUUCAACCAACUGGCCACUGAUAAAGGCUCAUCAGCAAAAAGACUAUCAGAGACCGAUGAUUUAGGUGGUUCACCACAAACACAAAGCUUGGACGACGAGACGCUGCUGAAAAUGCUAGAGUACCUAAACCCAGAAACGGGAGAAAACGAAGGAAGGGACGUUUACGGGAAAACAAAAAUUGGUGGAAUGUAGUGGGUAGAGCUGGAGAUACAGAUAUUAUAUAUUGUUUGAUGAAAACAAAUCAUAAUAAAAUACUUUAAAAAAUGCAAUUGUGUGUAGUUAAAGUACUUUAACUCUUCAUAGAGCUAAGUUCGACUAACAGUUUUAAAAAGUCUAAUUUGAUGUAGGCCUACUGGGGAGAAAAAAAAUAUAUUCGUUGUAGUUUGAGUUUGUGGUAUUUAAAAUGUUCGAAUAGUUUCAACUAUAGGUGUUAUGAGCGCUCCCUCCUUUAAUUCAGCAUAUUAACGAGCCUCAUCUGCCAUAUACCUUAACACACAGACACAGACAAAUCAGUGUUGGGUACUUUCGGUCUUGUUGUGGUUUUCUUAGGACCAUAUUUUUCGUACGUGUAUUCAGUAAUGUGUAAAGUAUAUGAGAUUAAUAAAGCA